CGGCAGAUCAGCAUCAACCAAUGAUUCAAUGAGAGGGUAAAUGCCGAUAGGAGCGUCGGGGCAUAUAAUGGUCACAUUCGUCUAUCGGCUGGCAGAAAGGGAUAAUAAAGUCUUCUCUCCCGCCAUCAAGCCCCAAGGAGCUGGGCAGUUGUGGCCACUUACUCUCACCCGUCGUCUUCGAUACUCUCACCUCCCUCCUAGUGGGCGUACUUGUCGACUUCGCAACCGUUAGGAGAUAGAUAGGCGCACACGUGGUAUCUGGUCGUCAUCGCUAUGUUGUUCGACCAGCUCCUCGCUGGCCUUCGGGCCGGUGAUGGGAAAGAGAUAUUCAGCCAGGUCUCAGCGUGGCACUUGGUUACCUCCAUCUUAGGCAUCAGCCUUAUCACCUUAAUAAUCGACUAUGCCUAUAUGUUAUGGCUACGUUCUAAGCUGCCGCCCGGCCCUUUUCCCAUGCCGGUGGUGGGCAACACGUUUAUGCUACCGAAUACCAAGCCGUGGAUUUGGUUUGAAGAGCUUUCUAAGGAAUACAAUGCGCCGCUAAUUACCAUAUGGAUUGGCCGCAACCCGACUAUCUGGAUUAAUGAUGCUUGGGCUGCGUCGGAAUUGUUUGAGAAGCGUGCGGGCAUUUACGCAUCGCGGCCGCGGAUGCUCGUCUUCGCAGAACUAGGCGCCGGUCAGGACAACCUGGUAAAUAUGUACACGAUGACUCCGGAACAGCGUGAUCGCUGGCGUGUCCACCGCAAGCUCAUGCACCAAGGCGUCGGGAUCCAGUCUGUUCGCCGGUACCGAGAGUUCCAGAAUAACGAAAGCCGGCUCGUCGCUUACGAUCUGCUCUCGGCACCAGCAGACUAUGUCAAGCACUUCGAGAGGUACGCCACAAGUGUCGUUUCCAUCAUCGCCUUCGGUCGGCGCGUCUCCAGUUGGGAUGAUCCCAUCAUCACCGAAGUCAUCUCCGUGAUGCAUCUGGCUGCCGACUUGAACGUUCCUGGCAAAUCCUUCCCCAUGCUGAUGGAGACCUUCCCCAUCCUCGCCCGCUUCCCUAAUCAGAUUGCGCCUUGGAAGUCCGGAUUGGGGAAAAAGCGCGGCACCCACUUCUUUUACGCCCUCGCCGACGAGGCAGCUAAGAAGCAUGACCAUCAAGAUUCUUUCGUCAACCACUUGUUUUCCGAGGGCCCGAAGUACAACCUACAACAGGCCGAGAUCUCCGCGCUCACUGGAAACCUAUUCGGCGCCGGAUCCGACACCAGCAGCAGCACGUUGAUCACUUUCAUCCUGGCUUGCUGCGCGUUCCCGGAGGCUGUGGUGCCGGCAUGGGAGGAGCUUGAUCGGGUAGUAGGUCCGUACAGGAGCCCGAAUUGGGAGGACGAAGACAAGUUGCCCUACGUCAAGGCGUUUGUCAAGGAAGUGCUGCGGUGGCGCUCUGUUGCCAUCAUCGGAGGACAGCCUCACGCGCCGACGCAGGACGAUUACUACAAGGGCUGGCUGAUCCCCAAGGGAACCUGGAUCCAGGGCAACGUUUGGGCAAUCCAUCACAACGAACGCGAAUUCCCCGACCCCGACCGCUUUAACCCGAACCGUUUCAUCUCUGGACACCCAGACAGCCGACCGUUCCCCGGCGAGAGGGGCUACAUGACCUUCGGAUGGGGUCGCAGGGUUUGUUCGGGUCAGGCGCUGGCGGAGCAGGGUACCUGGAUCACGGUGGCCCGUCUGCUAUGGGGAUUCAAUAUCCAAAAGAAGAGGCGCGCGGAUGGUAGCGUCGUCGAGGUCGACAUAUUCGAUUACACUAAUGGACUCAACAUGCGCCCUCAGCCAUUCGAGUGCGAUAUUACGCCGCGCAGCAAGGAGAUCCGACAGACGAUAGAGCGCGAGGGUAAACAGGCGCUGCAAGACUUGGAGCAGUACCGUGGCGAGACCAAGUACCGGAUGUCGACGUUUUACGAGAAGAACGAACUGGCGUUAAAGAAGUACGGGAACGAGGAGACUACCUCGUAAAUGCGAUAUUCGACCAGGAGAGACCCCGGGUCUGUAAUAAACGACCGGUGAAAUCCCGGCCGGCUCCGGUUCCGUGAGUGAAAUGUAGCGAUGGUUGACAUCCUCCGUACCCAGGCCAGAUCCUCGUACAUAAUAUGGCCCAACGACAUGUAUCUAAGAUAGCAAUAGAUGUGUAGUCAAAACCUAACAUUGAGCAGAAAACGAGUGCAUUGCUUGCAGAAGGGUAUAGCGAACAUAGCUAGACUUUUUUCUCACUUGUCGUGUCCUGAGAGGGUGGUAACAGGAAUAAAUUGGACGUCUGUAUGUG